AUGCAAACUCUAGUCAUUUCUUGUGGUUCUCCCAAUGGGAACAGCGAGAUCCUGCUCAAGACUGCGCUCCUCGCAGCAGCCUCCUCAUCCCCAACAAUCACGACGUCUUUAGUAUCCCUCCAAUCCCUCUCCCUCCCCUCCCACGCAAUGCCCAAUCACCUAGAGCAGUCUUUGGAUCUUGCCUUGACUUCCAUUCCUGAUGAUUGCCCAGCUCUCUUGGACGCAAUUCUCCUUGCUGAUGCUCUCAUUAUCUCCUGCCCCAUCUACACCCGCCAACCUGCUGGCCGCCUGAAAGCCUUCACAGACAUGGCACUUGGCCCUUUUGUCGAUGCGGCAUUCGUUUCUCGUGCGCUCAAGCAAAAUGCUGCAGGCAUUCCUCGCUUCAAAGAUUAUGUCAAGGAUUAUGUACCCGAUGAGAGGGUAUUGAAGAACAGGGUGGUGGGAUUGAUCGCAGUAGGGGGAGCCAUAGGCACUGAGUGGGGAAGUCUUGCACUGCCGGGUCUGCAACAAAGCAUUUUCAGCUUGCACGCGAAGGUGGUGGACCAGGUGAUUAUAAGAGGGUGUCCAUUUCCGGGAGAGUCAUCCUUCACAUCCAAAAAGAUUGGUAAAUCCCUCUCAUUGACGCUUAGCACCGAGUACCAGAAGAAGAUUGCUAAUUCAAUCACGAAUCACAGCGUCUUGAUAGAAGGUGUAGAAGCUAUUAACUUAGCUAAAAGGGUCGGGAGGAGCGUUACGAGUGGGAUAGGGAAGGGAUAUGACGAGGCCACCUAUCUGGGAGAGGAAGGUAGUUGUCCUUAUUGUCAUUUAGACCUUGUUGUCUUAGAAGGUAAAGGUAGCAAUGCAUGCGAAUGUGGAGUCUGUGGAGCGAAGGGAAUACUGGAAACCUAUGGCGAGGGCAGGAUCAAAGCUGUUUUUGAGGAGAACAGUGGCACGAGAGUGGUAACGUGGAAGGGAAAGGACAACCAUAUGGAGGAGAUUGAGAAGACUGGAAAGAUCCUGAGGCCAAAAAUGGAUGGGGCCUUUGACAAGCGGGAGGAGUUUGGAAAGAUGGAAUUUGAGAAAGUUGAUUUUCCCAGUCAACGUGGGGAUCAGAAAUGGAUCGCCCUUUUCAAAGAUGCAACGCCGCAAAACUUUUAA